AUGGCCGUGCCAGAGACUGAGAACGUCGCGGUGAACUCGGACAUACAACCUGCCGGUGCUCCUGACGACUUGGAUCUGCCGCUAUCUGCCGAUGAUGGCUUGAUCAAAAAGCCAUUUGGCUCGCCAAUCGACGGUGUUACCCCUCAGCCUGCCGCCGAAUUGACAGCAGAUCAAGCCAAGAAAUAUAACGAGGUCUUCCAAACAGUAUCCGGCUGGUCGUCGAUACCAUCCAGCUCGGCUAAAGGAGCACAGGAAACGCCGCUCACUGAUGAUGAACGCCUAUUUUUGACACGCGAAUGCCUGAUUCGAUAUCUACGAGCAACUAAGUGGAAUGUCGCCGACGCUAUUAAACGGCUGCGGGCUACUUUGGUUUGGCGCAGAGAAUAUAUUGGGGAUAAGUUAACACCGGAGUAUAUCUCAAUCGAAAAUGAAACCGGGAAGCAACUCAUUCUUGGCUACGACAUCCAUGGCCGACCAUGUCUGAAUCUACUUCCAUCCCGACAGAAUACGGAUAAAAGCCCCCGGCAGUUGGAGCACCUGGUUUUCAUGGUUGAGCGUUUAAUCGAGUUGAUGCCUGCUGGUCAAGAAACCAUGGCUCUCGUAAUCAACUUCAAUGAGACUAAAUCCGGCCAAAACGCGACAAUCGGCCAGGCAAAGCAGUCACUUGAUAUUCUACAAAAUCAUUAUCCAGAGAGGUUAGGUCGGGCUCUUAUUAUUAAUAUUCCUUGGAUUAUUUGGGGGUUUUUCAAGAUCAUCACACCGUUCAUUGACCCGGUCACGGCCCAGAAAUUGAGGUUCAACGAGGACCUGCGCAAACAUGUACCUCCAUCGCAGUUGCUAAAGACGGCGGGCGGCGACGUGCAAUUUGAAUACGACCACUCCGUGUACUGGCCUGCUCUCAACAAGCUGGCGCAACAGCAUCGAGAAGCAUAUCGCGAACGAUGGGUCAAAGCCGGCAAGAAAAUUGGCGAGUCCGAGUUCUACCUUCGAGGCGGCACCAACAAGAGCCAAUUUGCGGAUGCGAGCGCGCUGGAGGAGAAGGUGGAAAAGUUGGACAUAAAUGAGGCCAAGGCUGUCGUAGCUGCAUCUCAGUGA